CGUUAACGCUCUGCCAGUGUUAUUCGCCUCGCGGUGUGUCUAUCAGUCGAUGAUGUGCCUUUGUGCACGUACACUGUCGGUUUAAAUGGUCUGGUAGGCCGCGUUUGGGCGUGUGUUUACAAGGAAAGCGGGAACGGGGAAACGAAUUGAGUUUGGUUGGGUAAAGAACGGAGAAAAUGCGGCGGAGAGUCAUGUGCAGCGCGACGGAGCUGCUGCAGGGCCGCGGCGGCGGUGCUGCUGCUGCAAGGAUGACCCGGCUUCUGAUGCUCCCAUCGGCCACAAAGACAAUCGCUGUGGAAAGCUGCAUCCACCAAAGAUUCCGGUCUACGUCCUCGAUGUCGACUUACUCAGAGCUGGCCAGAGAGAGAUCGAAAACCGUUACCUCUUUCUACAACCAGUCUGCGAUAGAUGUGUCUGCAGAAAAGCCUUCUGUCAGACUCACACCCGGCACCUUACUCUACGUGGGCAAGUCUCCGGAUGGAAACCAUAUCUUGAGCAGUGCAAAAUAUUUGCAUAAAGAGCUGCCCGUGCGUAUCGCUCAUCGUAUUAAGGGUUUCCGCAGCCUUCCCUUCAUUAUCGGUUGUAACCCCACCAUCUUGCAAGUGCACGAGCUUUAUAUCCGGGCCUAUCAUAUGCUGAGUGAUUUCCCAGCAAUCAAAGACCAAGAAACAGAAGCUCGCUACAGCAAGCUCGUUCAACAGCUCCUCGACGAUCAUAAAGACGUGGUCACCCUGCUCGCUGAAGGAUUUAGGGAGUGUCGCAAACACAUUCACGAUGAGAUGCUGAUUCGUAAUUUCCUGGACACGACGCUGACGUCUCGUCUGGGCAUUCGCAUGCUGGCCACACACCAUCUUGCCCUGCAUGAAGAAAAUCCUGACUACGUGGGCAUUGUCUGCAGACGUCUGUCUCCUAAAAAGAUCAUUGAGAAGUGGGUGGACUUUGCAAGGCGAUUGUGUGAGCACCAAUAUGGGAAUUCUCCACGGGUUCGCAUCAACGGUCACGUUGCUGCCCGCUUCCCGUUCAUCCCUCUUCCCCUGGACUACAUCCUGCCUGAGCUACUGAAGAAUGCCAUGAGGGCCACAAUGGAGAGCCACUUGGACACCCCUUACAACGCUCCAGACGUGGUGGUUACCAUCGCCAACAAUGAUACUGACUUUGUCAUCAGGAUCUCAGAUCGGGGCGGAGGCAUUCCCCACAGCAUCAUGGAUAAAGUGAUGGACUACCACUUCAGCACGGCCGAGCAGAGCACGCAGGACCCACGCAUGAGCAACCUCUUCAACACCAUGACCAACAGCGGCCCUCAGUCAGGCCCCAUGCACGGGUUUGGUUUUGGUCUGCCCACCUCAAGGGCGUACGCUGAAUAUCUGGGAGGCUCGCUGUCUAUCCAGUCGAUGCAGGGAAUCGGCACCGACGUUUACCUGCGUCUACGCCACAUCGACGGGAAAGGAGAAAGCUUCAGAGUGUGAUGCGGUGGCCAAUUCUGCCAAUCGUGAUGAGAAUUUGUAUUUUCACCAAGGCCUGGAAGCUUCACUGUUCACAUCCUCACUGACAUUGCUUCCUGUCCUUUCUCCUUUUACAUUUCACUUUUUUUUUUUUUUUUUUCCACCUCCCACGUUUUUUCUCCAUGAAAGUGUCUGAAGCAAAGGAAGAAAGCGCCAUGUAGAUGUUGUAGAGAAGACUCCAAAGUUACUGAAGUGGAAACUCUUAGAAAGCUCCUGGAAGAAGAUGCCUUAGGAUAAUAAUUGAACUCAUAAAGGGCUCAGAGCUCUUUUCGGUGGCUGAUGCUGAGUGAAAGGCUCGUCAUAGCGGUUAUGAGCGAUUGUGCUCUUGGGCGUAGCUGCAGAACGUACUGUACUAACUGCCUUACACCUUACAGAAACAAUGGAUCUAAGUUUGGUCCUGUUCUUCUGCAUCACCCAGUGUGUAAUUAAAAUGAUUUGAAAAUUCACAUAUUUUCCAAGACAAGGUUUUGAUUUCAUGUAGUUUUAUGUAGUAAAAUUUAUUCAUAUUUGAAUGUUAUUGUACAGCUGUCCUCCUGUAUAUGUGGCCUUGUUCAGCUCGCAUUCCAGUAGUGGUCAGUCGUGAAUAUAGGAUGUUUUUGAGUUCAGUUAGAUUUAAUAAGUUAAUCAGAGCAGGUCACUUGUUGCUGUAAUAACACCACUGGAAAUGACUAUAGUGUAAGGCAGAUUUGUAUCUGUGGAGGAAUUUUGUUUUUUUGUUUUUUUUGAAGAAAUGGCCUCAGUAAAAUGCCACAUUUUAGUCCGAACAAGCAUAUUGAAAGACUGCACAGUUUUGUUGUUGUUUUUUUUUUCUGUCCAAGUUUGCCCUCUACAGAGUAAAGACGAGUAUUAACCUAUACUGUAAAUUUAUAUAUUUAUAAAUAAAUAAAAUAAUAUAAAAUAAAAAAGCAUUAAUGUUGUGUACAAGGUUCGGGAUUAAUCUGCAUAUUUUACCACAAAUUCCUUUUGUAAAUAUAUACGUGUAUGUAUAAGGCCAAAUGAUAGUGUUAGAUGUCAAGGAUAGGAUAAUUUAAUAUUGCAUUUUUAAUUGUUGUGUAGUUGUUGUUUUCUUAAUUAUUAUUAUUUUAGUUUCUUUUGUUUUUUGUUUUUUUCCUCUAUAGAUGCCAAAUCUGCAUAGUUUUCAUGGGCAUUAUAAAAAUCCUAAUUGAGCAAC